AUGAAUGUUGAAUUAUCAAGCCAAACAUAUCUUCACCAACUCUCUCUGCUUUUAAACCUAUGCUUGCUACUGUUGCUUCUGCCUAUAUCAAUUCAAGCCGAAUCUGAAGGCAACCGACAGGUAUACGUGGUGUAUAUGGGACACAAUACUCUAGACGAUGCAUCUGCCUCCUCCCUUCACUUGAGCAUGCUGCAACAACACAAGAACUAUCGACAUUCAUAUAAGAGGGAUUCAGCGAACCAUAUGCUUCAAAGAUACACUAAAAGCUUCCAUGGAUUUGCAGCAAGACUUACCGAAGAGGAGGCUGCGAAACUUUCAGGGAUGGAGGGGGUUGUUUCAGUGUUCCCAAGCAGAAUGAACAAAAUGGCAACAACAAGUUCAUGGGACUUCUUAGGUUUCCCAAUUACAGCCAAAAGAUCAACAAAGGAAAGUGAUAUCAUUAUCGGGGUUUUUGACUCAGGCAUUUGGCCGGAAUCACCUAGUUUGAAUGAUAAAGGAUAUGGUCCUCCACCUGCUAAAUGGAAGGGGAUUUGCGAAGCCAAUUUCACUUGCAACAAUUGUUCCAUGGAUUCUUUCGGUUGCUGCCAGCACACCAAAAACCCGGAUUUAAUAACCCCGGUAAAACUAGGAAAUGGUAUAGUUGUUAAUGGAGUUUCAGUAAACCCAUUUACGCUUCAUGGAAUGUAUCCUUUGAUCUAUGCUGGAGAUGUUCCGAAUGUCAUGGCUGGUUUCAAUGGCUCAGUGUCAAGGCUUUGCUCUCCAAACUCAUUGGACAAGAAUUUAGUGAAGGGAAAAAUAAUAUUAUGUGAUGCUAUAUCAAGCGGAGAACCUGAAAUGAUGGCUGGUGCCGUUGGGUCUAUUAUGAAAUAUCCUGGACCGUAUUUUGACGCUGUGGCUUCUUAUACUUUGCCUGUUAGUGUUGUCAACUCUGAUCAAGCAAUAAGAAAUGCCCGCUAUAUACAAUCAACAAGAAAUGCAACAGCAGUAAUAAUGAAGAGCAAAGACGUCAAGAAUGCUUCUGCCCCAUUUGUUGCAUCUUUCUCAUCAAGAGGUCCAAAUCCAAUAACUAAAAGCAUUUUAAAGCCAGACCUAGCCGCUCCAGGCGUAAGAAUUCUAGCAGCAUGGUCGCCAGCGGCUCCAAUUACACAUGUACAAGGAGACCACAGAGCCGUAAAUUUCAAUAUGAUAUCAGGAACAUCAAUGGCAUGCCCCCAUGUCAGUGGAAUAGCUGCAUAUGUCAAAUCAUAUAAUCCGACAUGGUCUCCUGCAGCCAUUAAGUCGGCUCUCAUGACAACAGCUUCUGCUAUGAGUGCCCAGAUCAACACAGAUGCUGAAUUUGCAUAUGGAGCUGGCAACCUUAAUCAAAUGAAAGCCAUCAAACCCGGGCUCAUAUACGAUGCUGUUGAAGUAGAUUACGUCAGUUUUUUGUGCCAAGAAGGCUACAGCAGCAAAGAUAUAAGAAUCAUGACGGGGGUUAAAACUAGUAGCUGCUCUCAGCUCAUGGAACAAGCAAAGGAUCUAAACUACCCUACCUUUGUCAUACCGACACUGCGCAACAAAGUCGUUGAUUUAAGUUUCAAUAGGACUGUCACCAAUGUCGGCUCUGCGACAUCGACAUAUAGAGCUUCCAUAACUCAACCGCUUGUUAGUGGUUUGAUCAUACAGGUUGAGCCAGAUGUCCUGCACUUCAAUCACAUAGGGCAAAAAGUCUCCUUUACGGUGUUUGUGCAGGCAACCAUACAGAAUUUAGACAACCCAAUUAUUUCUAGCGCUUUGAUAUGGGAUGAUGGAGUGCAUCAAGUGAGGAGCCCCAUCGUUGUGCAUGUUCCAUGAUAAUCUUCAAAAUAGUGCAAAUGUUAUUGUACUAGACUUGUGGUCGUAAUUGUAUGUUAUUCUAAAUUUCAAAUUUGUACUAUUUUCGUGACAUGACAUCAAUCACAUCAUGAAAUAGUGCAAACAAAUGUAUGUCGUUCAAAACUCUGC